AAUACGGCCACAGAUCUUUUUCUUAAAUAGCCCGUUAAUCAGGGUUUUUAAUAGUAACCUACGAGUUUUCUGUUUAGAAGUUUGCCUAAGCAGCGGAAGCAGAGUUGCCAAAAACGCUUGGAAAUAUAAUACGUGUUAUCAAUCAACCGAAUGAUACGUUCAAUAAGGCGUGACUUAAUCAGAACGAUUUUCUUCGUAAAACUUCUUCUUCGUCGCCAUCUUCUCGCAGUGUAAAAACGACCGGGAUGGCGAACACAUUUUGUUUGCACCGAUAGCGUAAUAAUAUUAUUCAGUUAAAAUUUAACUAAUCAAAAGCAACGAGAAACAAAUUUCGUUCUCAGCACGCAUCAGACUAAACUUUUUUUUUUGUAGCAGUAAUUUGAGUUUGUUAUGUGAUACGUUGUUAUCGCACAACGACAAAAUCUGUUCACAUUUCAGUAAACCAGAAAAUGGCCGACCCUAUAAUUCCUCGCCGAAUACUAUUUUGUUCAAAUGAAAUAUUCAAAUAUAGUAGAAACAAUUUCCUCGGUCAAGGGACCUAUUCAAAUGUGUUUAGCGGAACUUUCUGGGUGAAUCAAGUCGCAUUCAAGAGGAUUGUGUUAACACCGUCGCUAACAGAGGACGAAAUAAAACAUCACAAGAGACUGAACCACGAAAAUGUUCUAGAACUUCUGGCAGUUUUAGACAAUAUUGAUUUCAGGUUCAUGGUACUGGAACUGUGCUCCGGAUCCCUUUUCCAAGUUAUUCAAAACACGUAUGAUGGACCAGCGCUGCCGUCCGAUAGAGAAGUCAUGUACCAAAUUGCUGCUGGCCUCAAUUACGUUCAUUCUCAAAAUUUGGUCCACCUUGAUAUCAAACCUGAAAAUAUUCUGAUAUCCACCAAUGGCCAAAUGAAGUUGGCUGAUUUUGGAUUAUGCAUGGAAACUAAAAGAGGAGUUUGCAUUCUAAAUGGAUCAGUCAGAGGGACUUACUCGUGGAUGGCACCAGAAGUUUUCCCAAGAGAUAGUUCAAACAUGAACAAAGUAUCAGCCAUGGCCGAUGUUUUCUCUUGUGGGUGCGUCUUUCUGGUUUUUCUCAGUCGAGAAGAUGGCGGGAUACACCCGUUUGGCGACAGGAAUAGCCAUCAUGAAACUAUCCAAAACAAUAUCCGCGAAGACAAUCAAGUCAACAUGGCAGCCUUAGGACGUCUACUCUUCGCAAAUGUUGUACUCCCGAUGAUUGCAAACAGACCGGAAAACCGAGGAUCUCUCGAGGAAUUGAUGGCACAUCUCUGAAUUCCGGCAGUAUUACAUCUAAUAUGAACACAAACACGCGAUCCGUCGAGCACAACAGGAACAAACACUCGCUCGUCUGUGUCCGAUUAUUAAACAACAAUAAAGUAGAUAUGUACUGUACCCUGUACGUCAUUUAUAAUUAUUUUUCAAGCUAGCCCUAAUUCCUCUUCUGAAUCUCACGAGAUAAUGUUGAUUGUUGAAUAAUGAAAUACCCAACAAUAAAACUUAAUCAUCUUUAAAAAAGAGUGACUUUUUUGGUCUAACAGUGAGGACUCUGUGAUCAAAAAUGGGGGGGGGGGGUAGGUGGAGGAAAGAAGUAAGGGUAAGAGAAUUUUUUGACGAAGCAAAGGAUUAGUCGAAUGCGUAACGUUGCAGCUGCGUAACAUGAAAAUUGUUCCUCAACUUGUUUGCAAGUUGAGCAACCAAGAAGAGGUGGGGUAAAUUUUUGAACAGAUCCACAUCCACCCCCCUCUUCUUACCCCUCAUCUUUUCCCCUUAAACGCUUCUCUUUUGUUUUCUUCUGUUUCAUCUUUCACUCGAUCACUCCUCAGUCCUCAGUCUCAGUUGCAAAAAUCAAGGCAACAAGAAAGGUUGUCGUUCUCGUUCCCUCAAGUGCCGCUGAUGCUCAUCUUAUCGCGUCAUCGGUGAAUUAUUUUAAGAUUCGAAAUACAAAAGAUAUUCUCUCAUCUAACGACUCCAUUCGAGACUACGAGUUUACCGGUUUCGUUUAUUCACAACGUGCUUUUCCAUUUCUGUCCGUUGCCAAGGAGAGAGAAAAUGGCAGAGGCUGUGAAUUCACCAAAGUGCGGUUUGUUCAAAGAUGUUAAGUUCUCAAUUACAAACAAACUGGAUGUGAGAAGUGCCGGUUUCCAUCCGGUCGAACCUGUUCUGGCGUGCGGCUUAGUUAGUGGAGAAUUAGUUUUCAUUCGCGGAACUGAUCACUCGACACCGUUUGAAAAUUGGGAGAUGGAACCCAAAAAAUACCGAUAUGGAAGGAUAAUCUUAUCCGUUCAAUGGAACGCUGAUGGAAGUAAAGUGGCUGCUGGCUCCGACGAUGGGACUGUCAUCGUUUGGUCUUAUCCAGGGGACGGCAAACAAGAAUUUCACAGAAAAGGACUAUCAAACUUUCCAUUAAUUGUUUGGAAUCCAUUCAACCGAGAUGUGUUGGCUAGUUAUAACAAUGCGGUGGACACUACACAUGUGAUGAUUGGCGAUUCAGCAACUGAAACCCCCCUCACCUAUACCAUCAAAUCAACCUUGAACUGUGAGACCGUGGCCUGGAUGUCGCACAAUCAACUCGCCUGUGGUUACGACGAUGGGACGUUUGAAGUUCACGAAAUAGAAUCACGUAACAAGCAAUUGAAAGGCAAAAUGGUCCAAAAAAACCGGCACGACCUGGGUGAUCAUGAACACGUUUGUAUCACUGUUACGAUUCCCCAAAAUUUCAACCUUCAAGGCGGAAUACGAUCUGCUGUAACGAGUAUCGCCAUGAACAAAGAAUUGAAUCUCUUGGCUUCAGGUGGAAGUGAUAAUCGAUUGAAGAUUUGGUUUUUGGGUAGCAACGAUCCCACUCGUGUGUUGGACCUCGAUUCCGCUUGUAAAAGUUUGGCAUGGAGUUCUGACAUCAAGGACGAAAAAACGAGAAAAACUUUUAUCGCAUGCGGAUUAGAAAAUGGAAACGUUGUGAUUUGGUAUCCGUUUGAACGUGGAAAUCAGACUCGAAAACUAACAGGAAAUGAUCAGUUCCAUCAAUUAUUUCUUUCACCUGACGGACGCUAUCUUGCAUCAACUGAUUAUUUCAAGAAACUGAUUAUCUGGUCUACCAAGAGUUGGAAGAGCAUAUACGUCUUACCUCCAUCAGGGUUUAUGUAUCCAUACAUGAUGACAUGGGAUGCGGCCAGUUCCAGGUUAGGAAUUUCAGAGCGGAAAGGCCAGAGACAGUUUAAAGUGAUUGAAUUUGUCGAGGCCGAAAAAUGCUGUGCCGGUUGCAAGAAAACUUCUCCAGAUCUGAAGCUAUGCGCCCGCUGCAACUCAGUCCUGUAUUGCAGCAAGGAAUGCCAAUGUUCACACUGGCCUCAACACAAACUUGUUUGCAAUAAACACGAAUAAGUUUGGCCGAAUUUCACAAGGAAAAGAUUGGAUUCGCUCAAGAAAAUUUCAAAGUGGUCUUAGUAAAUGUCAUAAAUGUUGUAACAACAAAAGAGCUGGGAAAUACAUUGAAACUUAGAAUACGAACAACUCCAGGGCCAUG